AGUGGGCCUGCCCCUCCCCCACCUGCUUCCGGCGGCGGCUGAGUUCUCCCGCCUCUGCCGUCGCCGCCGCUCGUGGUCGUCCCGCCAUGGCACUGUCGCGGGGGCUUCCUCGGGAGCUGGCCGAGGCCGUGGCCGGGGGCCGGGUGCUGGUGGUGGGUGCGGGCGGCAUCGGCUGCGAGCUCCUCAAGAACCUCGUGCUCACCGGCUUCUCCCACAUCGACCUGAUUGACCUGGACACCAUUGAUGUCAGCAACCUCAACAGGCAGUUCUUGUUUCAAAAGAAGCAUGUUGGAAGAUCCAAGGCGCAGGUUGCCAAAGAAAGUGUACUGCAGUUUUAUCCGAAGGCUAACAUUAUAGCCUACCACGACAGCAUCAUGAACCCCGACUAUAAUGUGGAGUUUUUUCGACAAUUCAUAUUAGUUAUGAAUGCUUUAGAUAACAGAGCGGCUCGAAAUCAUGUGAAUAGAAUGUGUCUGGCCGCGGACGUUCCUCUCAUUGAGAGUGGCACUGCUGGUUACCUUGGGCAGGUAACUACUAUCAAAAAGGGUGUGACUGAAUGUUAUGAAUGUCAUCCAAAACCAACCCAGAGAACUUUUCCUGGCUGUACAAUUCGCAACACGCCUUCAGAACCUAUUCAUUGCAUCGUCUGGGCAAAAUAUUUGUUCAACCAGUUGUUUGGGGAGGAGGAUGCCGAUCAAGAAGUGUCUCCCGACAGAGCUGACCCGGAAGCUGCAUGGGAACCAACAGAAGCAGAAGCCAGAGCCAGAGCAUCUAAUGAAGAUGGUGAUAUUAAACGUAUUUCCACUAAGGAAUGGGCUAAAUCAACUGGGUAUGACCCAGUUAAACUUUUUACCAAGCUUUUUAAAGAUGAUAUUAGAUAUCUGUUGACAAUGGACAAACUGUGGCGUAAAAGGAAACCUCCGGUUCCGUUGGACUGGGCUGAAGUACAGAGUCAAGGAGAAGAAAUCAAUGUAUCAGAUCAGCAGAAUGAGCCCCAGUUGGGUCUGAAAGAUCAGCAGGUGCUGGAUGUGAAGAGCUACGCAAGUCUCUUUUCCAAGAGCAUUGAGACACUAAGAGUUCACUUAGCAGAGAAAGGCGACGGAGCCGAGCUCAUAUGGGAUAAGGAUGACCCGUCUGCAAUGGAUUUUGUCACUUCUGCUGCAAACCUCAGGAUGCAUAUUUUCAGUAUGAAUAUGAAGAGCAGAUUUGAUAUAAAAUCAAUGGCAGGGAACAUUAUUCCUGCUAUUGCUACCACUAACGCAGUGAUUGCUGGAUUGAUAGUUUUGGAAGGGUUGAAGAUCCUGUCAGGAAAAAUAGACCAAUGUAGAACUAUUUUUUUGAAUAAGCAACCAAACCCCCGAAAGAAGCUCCUUGUGCCUUGUGCCCUGGAUCCUCCCAAUCCCAAUUGUUAUGUCUGUGCCAGCAAGCCAGAGGUGACUGUCCGGCUGAAUGUUCAUAAAGUGACUGUUCUCACCUUACAGGACAAGAUAGUGAAAGAAAAGUUUGCAAUGGUAGCACCAGACGUCCAAAUUGAAGAUGGGAAAGGAACGAUUCUAAUAUCUUCAGAAGAGGGAGAAACAGAAGCUAAUAAUCACAAGAAAUUGUCAGAAUUUGGAAUUAGAAAUGGCAGCCGGCUUCAAGCAGACGACUUCCUCCAGGACUACACCCUGUUGAUCAACAUCCUUCAUAGUGAAGACCUAGGAAAGGAUGUUGAAUUUGAAGUUGUCGGUGAUGCCCCAGAAAAAGUGGGGCCCAAGCAGGCUGAGGACGCUACCAAAAGCAUAACCAAUGGCAGUGACGAUGGAGCACAGCCCUCUACCUCCACAGCACAAGAGCAAGAUGAUGUGCUUAUAGUUGAUUCGGAUGAAGAAAGUCCUUCAAAUAAUGCUGAUGUUGGUGAAGAAGAGCAAAGUCGCAAAAGAAAAUUAGAUGAGAUAGAGAGUGUCAGUGCAAAGCGACCCCGUGCCGAGCAGGCGGAAGAGCUCGACGACGUGAUAGCCUUAGACUGAAGCGCCACCUCCAACAGGACCCUCCAACAGGACCCUCGGAGAAGCAGGUUGCCGGUUACACCCUUUGUUCCAGAGGGGACGGAUUGACACCAGUGACUUGGAAUUGGUUCUGCUCCUUUGAAAGCAUUUUGCUAGAACUGUUAGAGCCAUUGCAGUAAGCAGUACUGAAGGUAGGAAUAGUUUUCAGGCCCUUUGAACAAAGUGUGUGCAUAACCAGUCAUGAGGUGAAACAACACAAUGCAUGUUGCCUUCUUUCAUGUAAAUACCUUUAGGUAUCAUUUAAUAGUUUUAAAAUGUUGUGAUUUAGUAAAGUUGAUACCUGGUUAUAAAUAUUAUGCCUUUAUUUUUGGCUAGAAGAAUAAUUAUUUUUAGCCUAGAUCUAACCAUUUUCAUACUCUUAACUUACUGAAACAGAUUCAAAGAAGUAUCAAGUGCUAUGCAUUGAAAUUUGUUUUUAAAUGUUAACUGGCACUAUGUAUAUUAAUGUAAAAGUAUGUUAAUUUACUCAAGUUUUCAGUUUGUACUGCUUGAUAUAUCUGCAAGAAGCCAGGUUUUGUGUAUUGUUACAGUUUCAGGUUAUUUAUAUUUGAUGUUUUGUAAAACUCCAAUAACGACUAUGCUGUACUUAUGGACCAAAUAAAUGGCAUCUGCCUACUUGUUACACUU